GGCUAGUUCAUCUGGCUGCUCUCUUAUGUCAGAGCUUUGUGGAAUGGCAGCAAGUAGCUGGGUUUGCAGCCUCUCUGGCAAUGAAGUCAGACACAGGAUGCCUGCAUCUGGCAGCAGUGAGGAUCUACCUCUGUAAUCAAUCCAGCACUGCAUCCAGACAGCAGCAGAGAGAGCGGACCAUGGCAACAUCCAGAGCACACUUUCUUUCUGGGCUCCCUCAUCAAUAAUUCACUUUAGGUCUCCUGGAUGCUGAGUGGGGGGUAAAGAGAGGAUAAGUGAGAGCAGAAUAUUAUUUUGUUUUUGGAAGUGGACAGGACAAAAAGUAAAAGGAUAUUUUUUUUAUUUUUGGAGAGAAGGGGGGCAAUUGGGGGACUGUGAGUCUGUGCAAUUUUUUAAAUUGUGCAUCUGCAAGCUGGGCUCAGAGAGAGGAACAUCACAGAAUCCUGGUCCUUCUGGAAAGCAUGGGGUCCUGCAGGGAGCUGUCCAGGGUGCUGAUACUGACUGUUGCCAUAGCAGUGCAUGCUUUACCUGUCUCAGCUCAGAAUGACACUGAACCCAUUGUCCUGGAAGGCAAAUGUCUUGUAGUUUGUGAUUCCAACCCUGCCACUGACUCCAAAUCUUCCUCCUCUUCACCUCUUGGGAUCUCAGUGCGGGCGGCUAACUCCAAGGUGGCAUUUUCUGCAGUGAGAAGCACCAACCAUGAACCCUCAGAAAUGAGCAACAAAACUAGGAUAAUCUACUUUGACCAGGUAAGAAUGUAGCUGGGGUCCUUGAAUUCUGCGGGAAUGCAUUCUCGUACUGCUCUCUGAAUAUCUGAGACAUAUAUGAAAUAAUCACUGUGUUGAGAAGCCACAGGUGUUACCCAACGACUCUAACCACUAGGGAAGAGGUUAGGACAGUUUAUGUGAUUUUUAACCCCUUAAAUCUCAGGGGUUCAGAGAAAUCUUUCCUAUCCUAACAUGAAUAGUAGCCUGGUCAUUAAGAGGUUAAUAUAACUGGAACUUUGCAAAUUAUUAGGGAUUAGUUAGAGCAUUAUAGGUGUCCUUUAACCCAUUAAGGACCAGGUUAGGUAAAAUCAUUGCUACCAGGGCUCUGUUGAAAGAUUACAGAGUUAACUAUAUUGGAACUCUUAAAGCAAUAUAGGUGCUCUUUAACCUCUUAAGUACUAGCGGUUUAGCAAAUAUUAUUCUAUUAUGAGACACCAGGCAUGCCAUUGGUGGUUAAGGGGUUAAUAUGUUACAGUAAUUAUAGGUGCCUGACAAAGACUAAGUCCACUAUGCCCCCUCUGAGACCCCCAGUAACACCUAAACUCUAUUUUAUCAUUUUUAAACCUAUCUGCUGGGAUUAAUUGUGUGCAGUGAGCUCAUAUAAUAAUGAAUGGUUCUGUGUUUUGUUUUUGUUUGUUAUGGUUAUUUCAUUGCAAGUUCAUUAAUGUAAAAUAUUCUAAAUUCCUGGAUAUAGGUCUUCAAAAGAAAUAUUUAAAGUUAUGUAUUGAUGUCGACUCCAGUUUGGGUUAAACAGACCAUUGAAAGAGUCAGGCGCUCAUGUAAUGGAGGUGUGAAAUUUAACAUUGUCAUAUUAAAAUAUGUACCCCUUUAAAGGGACAGAAUACUACAGCAGAGGUACAGCACAGUGUUCUUCACUGGAACUGGAGCUGGGGGAAUUAAAUCACUAUUGCAGGUAUUUAAGCACAUUUAAUCAAAUCAAACCAGAAGAUACACACACACAAACACACACACACACAGGGACACACACAGACGCACACAGACACACAGAGACACACACAGACACACGCACAUAUCUUUUCCAUUAUUUUAAUCACAAGGUUUAUUCACUAAACUGUCAAUUAUUGUGACCUUGAAAACUAAAUUUCAAAUUGUUAGCCUGAAUAGCUACAUUAUAAAAAUAAUUCCUAACAGUCACGACUUGGGCUAUUUUAACUUUAAUUUUGCAAUUUGCUUUUCAGUUUACCACAAUUCACGGUUUAGUGAAUAAAAUCUACCUAGCGAGAAUGUGCGUGGUUCUGUGUAUGAAAAGAGCAUAACUCUGAAAAUGACUAAACCCUGAGCAAUUAAUGAAUUCCCCACUGAUAGCGUUAGAUCAUUUCCUGAAAAGUGCAACAAGAGCUGGAUUCUGUUAUAACACUGGUCUCAGCAUGCUACCUGCCUUGUGGAGAUCACCCAACACUAAGCAGAUGCACGCUGUGCUGCCGCGAUUUCUAAAGAAAGAUGCAAACAUGUUUAUUCACAUAGUCAGCAUAUUGGAGAAUUUGCUUUGCAUGGUACCAGCUCUGGGUUUACAAGCAAAUGAAAUGUCUGUCUUUGUAAUAUAAUUAAUCUAACGACAGCCAAGAAAAAUUAAUUUGCACUCCAUUAUCUUCAUAAUGCGUGGAUUUUAUAGCUGAUCCCUAGGUAUAACGACGUUAACAGUGCUGGCUAUAGAGUUAGGAAAAGUAUCAGAUCAUUAUUUUAUUUACAGUUGAAGUACCAAGAGGAAGGAUGAUUUUAUUUCAUCAUUGUAAAAAAAACAACACUUAUUUUUAUGUAACAUUCCGAUUAAUUGUGUCAUUAUUUCAGUCCAUACAAAGCAGUUUCUCAAUAAAUAUACUUUUUGUUUUUGGUAAGAAAAUAGAUUUUGAUGUAUAUUAAAUCUCACAAUUAUACGGAUUUCUCCUCGCUCUUUUUAAACUUUAGGUAACAUUAGUAUUGUUCUGCGUAUUACUCACUAAACAGUAAAUUGUAAAGUUAAUGCCAAAAUUGAUCAAAUUCACAAACUCAGGUCUACUACCAAUUUUAAAUGUUGCAUAGUCUUCAAUUAUCUACACAUUAGCAAUUAGGUAAUACAAUCCCUGCAGUUAGUGCUAUUACAAUAAUAUGUGGUCAAUGGACUGCAUAAAAAAAUUGUAAUAAAUUAUAUAUAUUUUUAAAGAUUGUUGAUGAAACUGGUGGCAAUUUUGGAGAUUCUUUAUUGUUUAAAGACCAUGCCAAGGCAAUCCCACAAAUAAAAUAAAUGAUUUAUUUUAAAAAAUGAGGUUUUUGUGGACAGCUAACAUGAUAAAAUGGAAAUGUUUUUUAUAUGAAUUAUGAUUAUAUGCUUGUGAUAAACCUCCGUAAAACAAAAUGAUGAACAAUCUGUCGCAAAGUAUUUUGGACCUUUCUCGUAUUUGCUAAAAAAGUAGUAACUGUUGUGAUGUAGUAAGGAGUGAUAAUUUGAAGAAAAAACUCUUACCGGUAACUUAUGCAGUUAUUUUAUCCAGUGCUUUAUUAAUAUGUCUGUCACUUGUGACAUAUUUAUUCAAAAUAUAAGGAUUGAGGUUUCUGUAAAAAAAACAUACAGGCAAAUAACAUUAUCACACUUUAGUGUACAGUACCCCAAAAGUCAAUGAAACAUAUUUUGCAGUUUAAAACCGUUUGCUUCUUUUUCUUCCAGAUCUUAGUAAAUGUUGGCAAUUUUUUCACCCUGGAAUCUGUGUUUGUAGCACCUCGAAAAGGGAUUUACAGUUUCAAUUUUCAUGUUAUAAAGGUUUACCAGAGCCAAACGAUACAGGUACGUGGCAGCAAACUGUGACAAUUUAUUAUUGUAAUUUUAAAGGUGCUGUUCCCGUAUACAAAUUAUCGACCUCACUUCUAGCUUGUUAAGCAAAGAAAAUGAAAUGCAUUACCCUCGUUCUACAGGUGCAUAAAUUAAUCUGAAACACCAUGACAGUUACCUGGGUUUAAGGCAAAUCUUCCUUGCUUUGUAACUCCACCCCCUUGUCUCUCCCUUGAAAGGGGAAGUUGUGAGAUGUACAGCAGGAGUUGUAUGCUGUAUGCCUCCAAUAAACUAUGCACAAUGUCUACUUUGUUCGAAUAUAUAAUAUAUUCAUAAUAUAUUGGCUCACGGUUUCUUAUUAAUUAAAAUAAAUAAAUAAAAGCAAAUCACUCACACAAGUGGAUGGAAGUCAACAUCAGCUCGCAUUUAUUUGCAUGAGAUUUUUAAAAUGUAUUUUUAAAUAGAGUAAAAGCCAGAACUUCUAUUGUACAUUUUGGACUAGGAUAAUAAAUGACUAAACGCGUUUGUGUGUGACAUCAAUGGGUUAAAUGGGUUUGCUCAAUAAUACUUCCGUGGAAAGCUACCGGAAGACAAGGAGUUGCUGAGAGUCCAUGUCCAAUUUCUAGAUUACAUUAUGGAGGGUGAGAGAUCUGUGAUUUCUUACAGAGCCUCAAUAUUUGUAUGUAUAGUUUAUAGAAGAACCUGGAUGGUUAAUUUACUCUCUAGCAUGUGUAGAAAUAGAGCUGACAUUUAUUUUGUACUUUUUUUUAUUUAAAAAAAAGACAAACUUUAAAAACGAAUAAAUAAAUAAACUUUAUCUACAUCUAUUAAAAAAAAAAUACUCACAACCAAUCAGCACCAUUGGUUUAGAUCACAGGAUUAUAGAUUAGUAUUAAAUUGGCUCAAGUCAAAAAUACCCAGAGCUAAUAUUUACAUAGUCAUGAAAUUAUUGAUGGGAUGUACAUUGUGUUUUGUAAUAUAUUAAAUUAUGAAAUAAAUUAUAUUUUGUUAUUUAAAUGAUAUGUUGGGCAAAUUAGGCCGAGUCCUUCACAUACACUAUGACAUUUAAAUACUUACCUAGAGUGCAAAAGACAGCAACAGAUCUGAAUUUCAAGAAUGGUUGCAUACUGCUUCCCAAACUACUGGUUUCUGUUAGAACAAUGUGCUUGCUUUUAGAAACUGAUUAAGUGAUUUCAAUAUUCGAUCAUGAAACACCUGCAAAAUGACCUGCCCAUUAAUCACAUUCCACUGCAGUGAAUUCCGUUUAAUUAAUGUUUAACAUUCACUAGAAUUCUAAACCAUGUUUAGUUUAAAGACUAUAAUAGAUGUGUGAUGUUAAUAGACUCAUGAAAACAUUAUUAUAUUUGUCAUUUUCAACAAAAAUAUUAAAAUACAAAAUUCUGAAUUGUAAAUCAGCCCAACUCAAACAAAAUGGGAUGGAUGUGAAAAUAUAUGUAUUUGCCUAAUUUAGAACAAUAUGUAUAUAUCCAUAUAUAGAAAAGUGAAAUGUACAGUUAAGGUUAAGAGGAAAUUUUGGGCAAAGUUAGGAAACUGAAUCAAUUAUAACUUUCUAUCGGUUUCCACGAAUUUGGCUCAGCCUUUAGAACUUUGCCCAUGAAUUUUGAAAGCUGAUGGAUGGGGAACACGAUAUAAACAUAUAUUGCUGACAUAAAUGUUCUGUAGUGCAGCAAUUAUGCAUUUUCUUUCAUUCAGAACCCACGCAGAUUCAUUAUUAAAUAGCCUUGGAAUUGGAGAAUUAAUUAUACUGCUCAUUUUUCUACUGAAUAUGGAAGAUAAUACUGUGUGCUAGUUUAGAGAUGUAUUUCACAGGUAACUAAUUAGUUAAUCAAAAGAUCUUUAUUAAAGUGUUCUGAAAGAUAGACGAUGGACUGAGAGACCUAUGGAUAGUCAAAGAGGCAGACACAGAUAAACAGUAUUUUUAGACAGACAAACAGACAUAGAGAAAGAUAGACAGACAGACAGGGAGACAGGGAGACAGACAAACAGAAAUACAGACAGACAGACAGAUAGAUAGAUAGAUAGAUAGAUAGAUACUGACAAAAGUUGACUAUAGACUCCUUGGUUACAUAUAUACGUGUUGUUGUUGUUUCUUCUUAUUCUGCUUAUAAUCAUGCCCAUCAUCAUCAUCGUCAUCGCCUUAUAAUUUCCCCAAGGCUGUCAGCAAUUUCUCAGUACAGUCCCAGUUUGUGUCUGUCUGAUCAGUUUUCUGUAUCUGUACGUCAGAGCAUUUAUGAAGUCAGCCAAUCAGACUCAGCCAGGAAGUGACCUUUGUCAUGGUUCCAUGCCUGAACCUACCUUGUUGUUCCCAGAUAGAAGCCUAAGGCAAGAAAUAAAUCACUACACAUUUACCGGGGUGUAUGCAUUCACUCUUUAUUUACAAAGUAUCAGACUUAGUUUCACAAAGUACACUAAUACAUCAUAUGAGACAAGCUAAAGUCCACGCCACUGACAUUCAGCUUAGAUUAUUUAUUAUCGAGUGGCUUAUCAUUUUACUAAGAUUUAUUAAAGUAUUUUUUAUUUCAAGGGAUGCUGCUAAAUACUCAGUUUUUCCUCAGUCAGAGAAAAGAGAGGAUUUGAUUGGUGCAGCUUGACAAUUUGCAAUGCAUUUAGCCUUCCAAUGUUUCCCUAUGACGAAGCACUGGAUUUAGUGAGAUCAUUAAUCUUAGUCAUCUCAAUCUAGGAGAGGAAUGGCAGGAAGGAGACCGGCGUGGCAAUGAAAUUAGUAAAAAUUGGGUGGAGGGAGGCAGUAAUCUAUAGGUUGUAGGAUACUAUAGAAUAAGGAUCAAAUGUCUGUCUUCCUGACACAAUAAUGUUCCUUUAAUGGACAAUAUGUGUAAUGUGCAGAACUGAGCUACCCACUUCCCUGUCAAAUUGCUCACUCUAUAAUACCAUACACUUACAGGAAGGAAUAUCAGUUAAAGGAACAUUAUAGGCCUCAUGGACGUGGUCUGGAUGCAGUGUCCUUGUCUUCAAACAUUGCAUUUAUAGAGCAGCUGCUAUGUUUACAUUGCUGUGCUACGUGCCUCUAGUGGCUAUCUACCAGACAUUCAUUUGACAGCACUUUCUGCAGUUUCACAGUUUGACUCUGUGAAAUGAUGCUGCCUUCCUCAUGCUUUGCACGAGGGCAUGCAAAACCCUAUAGGAAAGCAUUAAAUCAAUGCUUCCCUAUUAAGAAGUCCUAAAGUGUGCAUGGUGCUUGCCACGCAUGUGCAAUAGGUUUCUGUCAUCGGUGGAGGAAGAGCGCAACCUAACACGGAGUGACAUCAGCACUAGACCUAGGUAAGUAAAAAGAAGAUUGUUAACCAUUUAUUUUGCCAGGGAGUGUCGGUGAAUGAGGGAGGGGUGCUAAAGCUUCCUGUAGAGUUAGGAAGACAGUUUUGUAUUCCUAACCCUAUAGUGUUCCUUUAACAUUUCAUUAAGUUAUCAUGCAGUUACAGAAUAAAAGGAAGCACCUCAUUGAUGUUUACACUGCAUAGAAAGCUGAUUAUUUCUCCAGCUGUGUAAAAACAUGUUCCACUUAUCAGAGGUCACUCAUUUCUACUUCCUCUGCAUUCAUUGUUUACAUUUUACAUUUUUUCUGUAUUCCAUUCGAAAGACAAAACAAAGAUUUCCUUUGUGGACAAACAUGUCAGUAUCUGUAAUCGAUUUAAAAAUGUUUACUGAAAAUACAGCAAAGCUUGCCUCUUUGUUAUAUUAAUUAGAAUAAUUAAUUGUAAUAGAAUGUAUUAAGAAAUACAUUACUGCUAAUUCCACUGUUCCACUAAUCACAUAGACUGAAAUUACCUUUUGUUGCUUAUUAUUGAUCUCUAGUGAUCAAUGUUUUGCAUAUUUAGAGGGAAUUAAAAGGUGAGCAGCUCUUUCAGAUUUUUCUUUUUAUUUGGGAAUCAAUAUAGUCCUGAAACGGUUAUAUUGUGUAUGGUUCUAUAAGAGCAGUAAUUAGCAUAAGUAUGUGAAAUGUUUUAAUAGAUUUUCUUUUGUGCUGAAUGAUGUCACUACAAUAGUUCUCAGUUCUACCUUGCAAAGCCAACCAAUAAACCCUUUCUGAAUCCAUAUCUAUACUCUCAAAAGCAAUAGGAAUUUUGUUAUGACAUAUUAAUAAACGUAACACAAAGGCAUAGUUUAUGACUACUUAUCCAGGUUUGCAUGUGUUAAAUACCUGCGCACGCUACACAGUAAAUGUAGUGUAUACUAGACUUGAGCAUGGCUGAAUUUUGGCCACAUGGUGCUUUGGGUUCAUCCAAAUUUUAAAAAAAAAUGAAAAAAGUUUCAGGAAUACAAAUAAGAAGAACGAAAAGGGUGUGGAAAUGGGCCAAUCAGUGUACAGCAAAAAAUAUACCUCCUAUUUAUAAUAGUUAUAUUAUAUAUUUUAUAGUACAAUGAUAGAUGAUAGAUUGCCCCGAUUCACAGAUCAAGUGAGAAAAGGUAACUCAUUGCGAGCAGUAAAAAAAAUAAAAUCUACAUUUCUAUAUUUUUAGAUUUCAUAUUUAUUAAAGAUUUACUAUGUAAAUAUAGAUUGUUUUACUUAUCCUCCUUUUUCCCGUUAUUGCUAAUUUCUUACUUAAUCUGUGAAUAAAAUUAACAUUUAGUAAAUGUCCCUUAGCUAUCAAUCAUCUUUUUUUCCCCAUCAAUCAUCUCUGUUUUGGCGCUGUGGGCGGAAUGUAGAAUCACAAAUCAAAUCAAACAUGCUCAGUCAUUAGGCGAUUGGUUUGGUACACGAGGCGGCUGCAUUUCGACUUGGAGUUAGGAAAUAUGUACGAUGACACUACCGAUAAAAAUUGUCAGAAUUGCAGUUUACAAUGAAACAAAACUCCAAGUCUAGUGUUCAUAAUUCUGCAGAUUGGAAAUACGUCAAGAGAAAAGACUGGCUUUCCAAUUCAUUACAAAAUCAACUCCAGGGGGAAAGUGCAAAAGAUUCACUCAGUAUGUCUGAACUUCACUAGUGAUCAUCUAAGCAAAUUGUCAUUAGUGAGAGUAAAAAAAACGGGUGCAAGGGAGUACUGAGAACGGACAGCAGCUCAAAUAACUUGCCCAUCGGUGGGUCCCCGCUCAGUUCUAAACCAAGUUUUAGCUCAUCUUGUGCCAUUACAAAGCAAACCUGGCUUAUUUGCAUAUCAUAUUGAUCCCACCCAAAAAGGCAGUUUAUUUCUUUUACCAAGUCGUCUAGUGAUAUAUUUAUGCGGCUAUCAAGAAGGGAAGUGUCACUCUAUAAUUGACACUGUGCUUAUACACUUGGAGCCCAGUUAAAGGCUCCUGAUAAGGUGAGAAGUAAAUCGUUAUUUUUUUUCACCUGGCUACCUAUUAUAUUAAGGAUUUCUGCACUAGGGUUAGCUCUGCUUCCCUGUUUCUCCCAUUUUUUGUCUCCAUUUUGAGGUUCCUCAUUGAAUAUGGUGAUUUAAAGGAUCUUAUUACCAUCAUUUCCAGUAUCUCCUGAAAUCUGCAGGAGUAAGUGUUUUUAUUUUGAAACGCUCCACCUUUGCACUGUUUUUGCAUGUAUUUGCACGAUAGUGUUUUUCCUUAUACAUUUGAUUGUGAGUAGGUUGAAGAGUUCCUACUUUUGGUGUGCAAGCUGCUAUCACUUUAUUGUGAAUUGUACUAUAAUCCACAUUUUCUAAGCGCCUUUUACACAGCACGUCUAUUUUUUAUCGUAUUUUUAUAAUCAGUGAGCUAACUGCCAUUAGUAUUUCCAUAAUCAGUGAGCUAACUGCCAUUAGUAUUUCCAUAAUCAGUGAGCUAACUGCCAUUAGUAUUUCCAUAAUCAGUGAGCUAACUGCCAUUAGUAUUUCCAUAAUCAGUGAGCUUACUGCCAUUAGUAUUUCCAUAAUCAGUGAGCUAACUGCCAUUAGUAUUUCUAUAAUCAGUGAGCUAAUUACCAUUAGUAUUUCUAUAAUCAGUGAGCUUACUGCCAUUAGUAUUUCUAUAAUCAGUGAGCUAAUUACCAUUAGUAUUUCUAUAAUCAGUGAGCUAACUGCCAUUAGUAUUUCUAUAAUCAGAGAGCUAAUUGCCAUUGGUAUUUCCAUAAUCAGUGAGCUUACUGCCAUUAGUAUUUCUAUAAUCAGAGAGCUAACUGCCAUUAGUAUUUCUAUAAUCAGUGAGCUAACUGCCAUUAGUAUUUCUAUAAUCAGAGAGCUAAUUGCCAUUAGUAUUUCCAUAAUCAGUGAGCUAACUGCCAUUAGUAUUUCUAUAAUCAGAGAGCUAAUUGCCAUUAGUAUUUCCAUAAUCAGAGAGCUAACUGCCAUUAGUAUUUCUAUAAUCAGUGUGCUUACUGCCAUUAGUAUUUCUAUAAUCAGUGAGCUAACUGCCAUUAGUAUUUCCAUAAUCAGUGAGCUAACUGCCAUUAGUAUUUCUAUAAUCAGUGAGCUUACUGCCAUUAGUAUUUCUAUAAUCAGAGAGCUAACUGCCAUUAGUAUUUCUAUAAUCAGUGAGCUAACUGCCAUUAGUAUUUCUAUCAUCAGAGAGCUAAUUGCCAUUAGUAUUUCCAUAAUCAGUGAGCUAACUGCCAUUAGUAUUUCUAUAAUCAGUGAGCUUACUGCCAUUAGUAUUUCUAUAAUCAGUGAGCUUACUGCCAUUAGUAUUUCUAUAAUCAGUGAGCUAACUGCCAUUAGUAUUUCCUAUAAUCAGUGAGCUAACUGCCAUUAGUAUUUCCAUAAUCAGUGAGCUAACUGCCAUUAGUAUUUCUAUAAUCAGUGAGCUAAUUGCCAUUAGUAUUUCAAUAAUCAGUGAGCUAACUGCCAUUAGUAUUUCCAUAAUCAGUGAGCUAACUGCCAUUAGUAUUUCUAUAAUCAGUGAGCUAACUGCCAUUAGUAUUUCUAUAAUCAGUGAGCUAACUGCCAUUAGUAUUUCCAUAAUCAGUGAGCUAACUGCCAUUAGUAUUUCCAUAAUCAGUGAGCUAACUGCCAUUAGUAUUUCCAUAAUCAGUGAGCUAACUGCCAUUAGUAUUUCUAUAAUCAGAGAGCUAAUUGCCAUUAGUAUUUCCAUAAUCAGUGAGCUAACUGCCAUUAGUAUUUCUAUAAUCAGUGUGCUUACUGCCAUUAGUAUUUCUAUAAUCAGUGAGCUUACUGCCAUUAGUAUUUCUAUAAUCAGUGAGCUUACUGCCAUUAGUAUUUCUAUAAUCAGUGAGCUAACUGCCAUUAGUAUUUCCAUAAUCAGUGAGCUAACUGCCAUUAGUAUUUCUAUAAUCAGUGAGCUUACUGCCAUUAGUAUUUCAAUAAUCAGUGAGCUAACUGCCAUUAGUAUUUCCAUAAUCAGUGAGCUAACUGCCAUUAGUAUUUCCAUAAUCAGUGAGCUUACUGCCAUUAGUAUUUCUAUAAUCAGUGAGCUUACUGCCAUUAGUAUUUCUAUAAUCAGUGAGCUAACUGCCAUUAGUAUUUCCAUAAUCAGUGAGCUAACUGCCAUUAGUAUUUCUAUAAUCAGUGAGCUUACUGCCAUUAGUAUUUCUAUAAUCAGUGAGCUUACUGCCAUUAGUAUUUCUAUAAUCAGUGAGCUAACUGCCAUUAGUAUUCCUAUAAUCAGUGAGCUAACUGCCAUUAGUAUUUCUAUAAUCAGUGAGCUAACUGCCAUUAGUAUUUCUAUAAUCAGUGAGCUAAUUGCCAUUAGUAUUUCCGUAAUCAGUGAGCUAACUGCCAUUAGUAUUUCCAUAAUCAGUGAGCUAACUGCCAUUAGUAUUUCAAUAAUCAGUGAGCUUACUGCCAUUAGAAUUUCUAUAAUCAGUGAUCUUACUGCCAUUAGUAUUUCUAUAAUCAGUGAGCUAACUGCCAUUAGUAUUUCUAUAAUUAGUGAGCUUACUGCCAUUAGUAUUUCUAUAAUCAGUGAGCUAAUUGCCAUUAGUAUUUCCUUAAUCAGUGAGCUAAUUACCAUUAGUAUUUCCAUAAUCAGUGAGCUUACUGCCAUUAGUAUUUCUAUAAUCAGUGAUCUUACUGCCAUUAGUAUUUCUAUAAUCAGUGAGCUUACUGCCAUUAGUAUUUCUAUAAUCAGUGAGCUAAUUGCCAUUAGUAUUUCCGUAAUCAGUGAGCUAAUUACCAUUAGUAUUUCCAUAAUCAUUGAGCUUACUGCCAUUAGUAUUUCCAUAAUCAGUGAGCUUAUUGCCAUUAGUAUUUCCGUAAUCAGUGAGCUUAUUGCCAUUAGUAUUUCCGUAAUCAGUGAGCUUACUGCCAUUAGUAUUUCCAUAAUCAGUGAGCUAAUUGCCAUUAGUAUUUCCGUAAUCAGUGUGCUUACUGCCAUUAGUAUUUCCAUACUUAGUGAGCUAACUGCCAUUAGUAUUUCUGUAAUCAGUGAGCUAAUUGCCAUUAGUAUUUCCGUAAUCAGUGAGCUUACUGCCAUUAGUAUUUCUAUAAUCACUGAGCUAACUGCCAUUAGUAUUUCCAUAAUCAGUGAGCUAAUUGCCAUUAGUAUUUCAAUUUUUAUUGGUCAGUCAAUGCAUAUGACAUUAGCAUAACAUAUGAAUUUGUAGCUUAUCAGUAAUAUAUUUCCUUUUAUACUUUAACACUGUGCAUAUAUCACAUUUUGUUAUGAGUAACACAGUUAACUGUAUACAUUGUGUAAGACCUGCUGUAAGGCGUAACGUUAGACCCGUGGUCCGUACCUUGUAACAUAACAGAGUAGUACAAUAAUUACAUUCACUGAGCAUUUUCAAUUAGGGUGGGGGAGGGGAGAGAGAGGAGGGAGAGGUUGUACUUUAGUUGUUAGCAAUAACUAGCAUCUGUCUAAUAUGUUUGGAUCCAUGUGGUUUUGCUCCAUCAAAGGAAAGUAUGUCCUCUCCCUUAGAUUGUUCUAGAAAGGCAUCCCACAUAUUGUGGGCUAGUCUCAUGUGUUUCUUUGUACCAAAUUGGGUUGCGAAGAUUUUUUCAUAAACCCGGCAGAUAUGAGUACAUGGUACAUAGCUGACCAUGUGGCUUUAGGCGUCCCAUCGGGAGGGAUGAAUAGGAUGCACAGUUCCAGGGUCAGUGAUACCUGUGUGCGAACUAAAUCUGAUAUGAUAUUUUGUACUUCGUGCCAGAAGGGUUGGAGGGUUUCACAUGUCCACCAUACAUGUGUCAUGGUGCCCCUUUGAUGUCCACAUCUCCAGCAUUUGUCUGUGGAUUGUGGCCAAAUGUGGUGGAUUCUGGCUGGUACAAGGUACCAGCGGUACAACAAUUUGCGUUGCAGUUUUAAGUGUGUGGCGCACAAGGUUGUUCCCUUAUGUGAAGAGUAUGCCUUGUCCCAUUUGUCUUUUGUUAUCAUUCUCCCCAAUUCCUCUUGCCAAGAGUGUAUGUGUGUGUCAGUGGGCAAGCUCGAAUGCUGCAGGAGUAGUCGGUAGCUGAUGGAGAUCAAUUUCUUGAGUGGUUUUAUAUGUGUGCAGAUAAGUUCAAAUUCUGACAUCUGUGUUGUAGGUUUGGUAUUGUGAGUGCAAGGUUUAUUCUGAGAUAGGUAUGAUUUGAUCUGUAAGUAGGGGAAGAUCAGUCUGGAUGGGAGGUUGUAUUCUGUUUGUAUGUCUGUGAAGGGGCAAAGGCCUCCAUACUUAUAUAGUUGCAUUUUGUCGUUCAACCCCUCUUGUAUCCAUGAUCAUUUGUCCAGCAUAGGUAUUAGGGCAGCUAGAGUGGCUAUAGGGGUGGCCAGGAGCACUGAGAGGAAAUGGACCAACAGGUGUUUGGAGGCAUCCUAGUGUUGCAGGACGUGUCGUGUCGUGGGUAGUAGGUGUGUGGUGUCUGGUCUAUGAGCAAAGGAGCUACAGAAUAGGUUAUGUAGUGUUAGGGGUUGUGCCCAGUAGCUUUCUAUUUCCAGCCACUGCGGCGAGGAGGGGUUUGGUUUAAGUUGUGGUUCUAUUGUUAGUGCUAUUAGUAUUUCCAUAAUCAGUGAGUUAAUUGCCAUUAGUAUUUCCAUAAUCACUGAGCUAAUUGCCAUUAGUAUUUCCGUAAUCAGGGAGCUAAUUGCCAUUAGUAUUUCCAUAAUCAGUGAGUUAAUUGCCAUUAGUAUUUCCAUAAUCAGUGAGCUAAUUGCCAUUAGUAAAUCCAUAAUCAGUGACCUAACUGCCAUUAGUAUUUCCAUAAUCAGUGAGCUUACUGCCAUUAGUAUUUCCGUAAUCAGUGACCUAAUUGCCAUUAGUAUUUCCAUAAUCAGCGAGCUAACUGCCAUUAGUAUUUCCAUAAUUAGUGAGCUAAUUGCCAUUAGUAUUUCCAUAAUCAAUGAGCUUAUUGCCAUUAGUAUUUCUAUAAUUAGUGAGCUAACUGUCAUUAGUAUUUCUAUAAUCAGCGAGCUAAUUGCAUUAGUAUUUCUAUAAUCAAUUAGCUAAUUGCCAUUAGUAUUUCUAUAAUCAGUGAGCUAACUGCCAUUAGUAUUUCUAUAAUCAGUGAGCUAACUGCCAUUAGUAUUUCCAUAAUCAGUGAGCUAAUUGCCAUUAGUAUUUCUAUAAUCAGUGAGCUUACUGCCAUUAGUAUUUCCAUAAUCAGUGAGCUAAUUGCCAUAAGUAUUUCCAUAAUCAAUGCACUAAUUGCCAUUAGUAUUUCCAUAAUCAGCGAGCUAAUUGCCAUUAGUAUUUCCAUAAUCAAUGCACUAAUUGCCAUUAGUAUUUCUAUAAUCAAUGAGCUUAUUGCCAUUAGUAUUUCCAUAAUCAGUGAGCUACUUGCCAUUAGUAUUUCCAUAAUCAGUGAGCUUACUGCCAUUAGUAUUUCCAUAAUCAGUGAGCUAAUUGCCAUUAGUAUUUCUAUAAUCAAUUAGCUAAUUGCAUUAGUAUUUCCAUAAUCAGUGAGCUAAUUGCCAUUAGUAUUUCCAUAAUCAGUGAGCUUACUGCCAUUAGUAUUUCCAUAAUCAGUGAGCUAAUUGCCAUUAGUAUUUCCAUAAUCAAUGCACUGAUUGCCAUUAGUAUUUCUAUAAUUAGUGAGCUGUCAUUAGUAUUUCUAUAAUCAACGAGCUAACUGCCAUUAGUAUUUCUAUAAUCAGCGAGCUAAUUGCCAUUAGUAUUUCUAUAAUCAACGAGCUAACUGCCAUUAGUAUUUCUAUAAUCAGUGAGCUAAUUGCCAUUAGUAUUUCUAUAAUCAGAGAGCUAAUUGCCAUUAGUAUUUCUAUAAUCAGUGAGCUUACUGCCAUUAGUAUUUAUAUAAUCAGUGAGCUAAUUGCCAUUAGUAUUUCUAUAAUCAGUGAGCUAAUUGCCAUUAGUAUUUCCAUAAUCAGUGAGCUAAUUGUCAUUAGUAUUUCCAUAAUCAGUGAGCUAAUUGCCAUUAGUAUUUCUAUAAUCAGAGAGCUAAUUGCCAUUAGUAUUUAUAUAAUCAGUGAGCUAAUUGCCAUUAAUAUUUCUAUAAUCAGUGAGCUAAUUGCGAUUAGUAUUUCUAUAAUCAGAGAGCUAAUUGCCAUUAGUAUUUCUAUAAUCAGUGAGCUUACUGCCAUUAGUAUUUCCGUAAUCAGUGAGCUAAUUACCAUUAGUAUUUCUAUAAUCAGUGAGCUUACUGCCAUUAGUAUUUCUAUAAUCAGUGAGCUAAUUGCCAUUAGUAUUUCUAUAAUCAGUGAGCUAACUGCCAUUAGUAUUUCCGUAAUCAGUGAGCUAAUUGCCAUUAGUAUUUCUAUAAUCAGUGAGCUAAUUGCCAUUAGUAUUUCUAUAAUCAGUGAGCUUACUGCCAUUAGUAUUUCCAUAAUCAAUGCACUAAUUGCCAUUAGUAUUUCCAUAAUCAAUGCACUAAUUGCCAUUAGUAUUUCUAUAAUCAGUGAGCUAAUUGCGAUUAGUAUUUCCAUAAUCAAUGCACUAAUUGCCAUUAGUAUUUCUAUAAUCAGUGAGCUAAUUGCGAUUAGUAUUUCUAUAAUCAGUGAGCUAACUGCCAUUAGUAUUUCUAUAAUCAGUGAGCUAACUGCCAUUAGUAUUUCCGUAAUCAGUGAGCUAAUUGCCAUUAGUAUUUCUAUAAUCAGUGAGCUAAUUGCCAUUAGUAUUUCUAUAAUCAGUGAGCUUACUGCCAUUAGUAUUUCCAUAAUCAAUGCACUAAUUGCCAUUAGUAUUUCUAUAAUCAGUGAGCUAAUUGCGAUUAGUAUUUCUAUAAUCAGAGAGCUAAUUGCGAUUAGUAUUUCUAUAAUCAGAGAGCUAAUUGCCGUUAGUAUUUCCAUACAGUUGACUUAUUAGUUUCAUAGAUUUGUUAAUAAUUACAUACACCAUGCUUGCAGAUAGGCUUCUGUGCUUAAAAGUACUUAGGUAUAAUUUAAAUGUAUUGAUGUAUGAUGUCUUGAAAGUAUGCAGUUGUUAACUUGUUUUUCCAUGUUUAUACCUACUUGGGGUAUGUAGAAUGUUUAGGUACCAGCCACAGAUGGGACAUUUUAUCACCUAGCAUACAAAUUGGCUAUGUAAAAAAAUCAUAUUACCUAGCAUUGGAGUGACGGCUGAUAUCUGGAGAAAGAAUGAUAUAAAAUAGCGUAAUAUCGUUGAACCAUAUAAAUAAAUGAUUAUUUAAAGGCACUCACACUGAAACGUUCAAGGUGCCUUACAUACUUAGCAUUUAGUGUUUUCUAGUAAUCUCUAUGGGAGACUUUAAGGUUUUGGCUUCGACAACUACUUGUUGUUAAACGCCACGUUUUGUAGAAUGAAAACAUUUGGUAAUUGCUAACGAUAGCAACUGCCAAUUUAGCAAUUACAGGCUUGACAGUAAAUAAGGGAAACAGGCAUGAAAACGAGCCCUUAGUUUGUUCAUUUUAUAAUAACAGUUGUAACAAUGAAUGGAUAAUUCGAUUUAUUAAACUUUGUACCUUUUUUAGCACUUUGACUGGGUUUGUUCUAAAAAUUCAAAUUUAAAUAUUAUAAAUAUAUAAAAUUAGAAAGACUGUUUCCUUUAAAGGACACUUUAGGUACCAGAACUACUACAACGUAAUGUAGAGGCUCUAGGGCAUAGAACCUUUACCUGCAGUGCAGGCUGAGAAGUGUGAAGUCUGCCUUUUCUGGGAAACAGUAUUUGCACUGCUGCUGGUUUCAGUUCUGCUGAAUAUUCCCCAUGGAAAGGCAUUGAGGAGAUACUGAUUGGCACAGUGGGUUGAUUUGCAGCAUAUGCACACUAGCUUUGUAAUGCUUCAGCUGGGGUGGUGGGGUAGCCACACAGAGACUGAAACGCCAGAGAAAAAAAGUUGAGUAAAUAUAUUUUCUUUAAUUUUGUUUAGGGAGCCCGAACAUCUAACUAAUUAGUACAGUUACAACUGUAAAGUUAGGUUUGCACGUUAAUGUCUUUAAAUAUUUUUAAUAUAUUAAAUAAUAUACAAUAAAUGUAAUACUGGUGGUAUACAGACUAUACACUUUCAAUUCUGAACAAGACCAACUGCUAAAAGUCUGAAUUCUUUUUACUGACAUUUUACUGACAUUCAUGACUCAUAAAAGGGAUAUAUUACAGCUGAUCCGGAGGUACUAAUCUAUGGGUACAUUUGCUACAGCCCAUUAAGAUGUAAAUGUUAGUUUCAAUCUAUUAUUCUUUAAUAUUCAGAUAUUGGAGUCUCCGUGACUAUGAAUCUUUGUUUACUAAAUAUUGUAAAUAUUUACUAAUACUGUGACACCCACAAAAACAACACAAUGUCUUUAUGAAGUGUAGCAUAUACGUAUGUUCUGAGUCAGAAUUCCACCAUAGGGUUCCAUGAUUAGUAGUGGAUAUUGGGCAUGGUUGUAGAGAUCUAACCCCCUUCGACGCCCCACCACCCGUGAAAUCUAGUGUACUUAGAGUGUGUUACUCCAUUCUACUAGCAGACUCAUUAAUAAUUCUAUUUUAUUCUAUCUGUGGUUUAAUGCAUGCUCCCUAAUUAUUAUAAAAGCUUGUGAUUUUUCACAGAUGAUCCAGGAAACCCAUGCUUGUUAUGUGACCCAUCUGCCGCUCGUGGUAGGCAGCUACACUUAUCACUUCUAUCACUUCUUCCACCUUAGAAAUAUAUUAUUAAUAUCAAUAACAAUAAACGAUGAAGGUACCGAGUAUUUGUCAGCUGUAAGCACUCAAAUUAAACCCUAAAUAACUUUUGCAAUGCAUUUUACCGUAAAAGUCAUUGUACAGUUGUACAGUUUAUAUGGAAAUCUGCAUGUGAUACAAGUCACAGAUAUUUUCUCUCAAUGUUUCAUAUACUGCAAAUGGAAUAUUAAUAUAUUUGAGCAUGAGACAUGGAUGUUUAUAAUACAGUUUUUGUUAUUUAUAUUUAAUAACACAAACAAAUCCAGAUCUAUAGAACACAUCUUAUUUUAUUUCUAGCUUGUUUCAAUCAUUCUCCAAUCUCCCCAACAGAGCCUUUUUAAAAUCAAUAUACCUACAAUCUACAAAGUCUUAAAAAUGCAGGAAACAUCUGUCUUUUCCAGAAAUCAUUUCAAAAAUAUGUUGUUUGCUAAAAGCCCCCCAAUGGCAAAAUCCAUUAAAAUGUAAAAUAUUUUAUUUCAUAGACAUGCUCUGGUUUAGAGAACAAAAUUGGUAAAAGACAGGUAGCUAGAACGUUAAAAGUCCUUGAAAGAGUAAACUGACGGCAAGGUCUGGACUGGGACAAAAAACUUAGACUGGGCAUUUAAAGGCAAAGCAGCCCAAUAUGGGGGGAGGGAGGGAGAGAGGGUUGUGUCAUCAGUAAUGGCAUACUCACAUAAAAUGGUCAUGUCAGGGUGAUGCUCCCCCAGCACAGCUCAUGUGCAGAGCCCUGUUUGCUUGUGACAUUUCUCUGGUGUCUCAAUGAGUAGAAUAUCAGAGGACAAUGAAUUUGUAUGCGUUUGGAGGCUGGUUGGGAGAUUGCAUAUUUGGGGGGAAGGCUGCUUGAGGCAUUGUGUGUGGUAGACUAGCUGUGGCGCUGUGUAUGCCUGUAUCUGGGGAGGCUGUUGGGAGAUUCUGCUUGUGGAAUUGAAUGUGUGGGGAGGCUGCUUGAGGAGUUGCAUGUCUGUUAAAUGGGCUAUUUUCAGUGUAGUGACUAGUGUCUCUAACUGCCUCUCUGCUGUUUCUAACUGGAUGGCUGCCCACUUCCUUAAACUAAACUUGACCAAAACUGAAAUUCUGGUGUUUCCUCCCUCAAAUGUUGUUACUCCUGUGUCUCCCUCCCUCCAAGACAACGGUGCUACCAUCAGCUCCACCACGCAGGCUCGCUGCCUAGGUGUUCUCUUUGACUCCGACCUCUCCUUCAAGCCUCAUGUUCAAUCUAUCGCCAAAUCCUGUCAUUUCCAUCUCAAAAACAUUGCGCGCAUCCGCCCCUACUUAACGCCAGUUGUGACUAAGGUGUUGGUCCAUUCCACUGUCCUUUCUCGCCUUGACUACUGUAAUCCGCUUCUCAGUGGUCUUACGUGCUCCCAACUUGCGCUGUUACAGUCCAUAAUGAAUGCGGCGGCGAGGCUCAUCUUCUUGUCUGCCCGCACCUCCCAUGCCUCACCCUUCUGUCAGUCCCUACAUUGGCUUCCUAUAAAAUAUAGAGCUCAAUUUUAAAUUCUGGUUCUUGCCUUCAAAUCUCUACAUAAUGCUGCUCCCUCCCUUAUACACAAGUAUGUCCCGUCUAGACCCUUACGAUCUGCUGAAGACUUAUGUCUAUCUUCUGUCCGUACUCCCACCUCUGAUGCUCGCCUUCAAGAUUUCUCGAGGGCUGUACCGUUCCUGUGGAACUCUCUUCCUUCCUCCGUUAGACGCUCACCCAGUCUUCACUCCUUCAAAAAAUCGUUAAAAACCCACUUCUUCAUAAAAGCGUUUCAAUUAAACUGUUAAUAGCUCCUGACUGAUUCCUCUUCUGCAACUGUCACUAGUCUAAUACUAUCCUUACCUUUUUGUGUCAUUUUACCCCACUCCCUCUAGCAUGUAAGCUAAUUGAGCAGGGUCCUCAACCCCUCUGUUCCUGUGUGUCCAACUUGUCUGGUUACAACUACAUGUCUGUUUGUCCACCCAUUGUAAAGCGCUGUGGAAUUUGACGGCGCUCUAUAAAUAUCAUAAUAAUAAUAAUAAUAAUAAUAGUGUGUGUGGAGAGGGUGGUAAGUGGUGUACUGUAUGUAGAGUGGGAUUGCAGUGUGUAUUUCUGUGAGUGUUAGGAACUGUAGUUUAUGUGAGGGAAAUUUUGGCUGUAGUGUAUGGGUAGCUGUGGAUACUGCUCUUUGGACCCGCACUUCUCAAGCGCCAGCCCAGUAGGGGCCGGCCAGGUGGUUCCCUUGAUCUCCUCCGAUGGCCUCGGCCAAUGGCCAUCUCUGCCCACUGGACAUUUCUUUGGACUGCUUGAUGGCCUGCAGGGCCUGCUGAAGGCCAUCUUAAAUUUACUUUAGGUGACAUUUUGUAGUUUAUUUUCCAAGCGAAGAAUUGUAGAGAAUUAACAGGGGAAUUAAAAAAUGUAGGUCAAACUGGAAAAAUAUCUUAUCAUCGAAAUGUUUCCAUUUUGAUUUGGCAACUUAGAAAAUGCAAUUACCUUGUCAAACAUCCCAAAUUCCAAAUGUUGUCCUUGGCCUUUGUUAAAAUUUUCUGCAUAUUCUUUACCCUUUAUUACAGUGUAUGACCCAUUUUCUAGUUAAGUGAAAAUAUUUUUAUUUGAAAAUUCUCUAUUUUUUUCUUGACUGUCAGUCUGUUGCAUUAUACAGUUUUCUCUAGGGGAUAAAUUAAUUUAGAAAAUUUUCUAUAAAAGUCUUAAGCUUGACAACUAUAUGUUCCAUCUUUAAUCACAUGGUAGACAGUGAGAUAUAGUAUCAUGAUAGACAAUGUUAAAAUAUGGAAUCCUUGCUAACAUGGUGGUACUUUUGUUUAACUGUGCAUUUUGCUUAACAAAUAUUAAUCAUGGGUCAAUUUAAAGGAAAAAAAGUAACAUGAGUGAUUUUUCCUCUGUAGGUAAAUUUGAUGCUUAAUGGAAGACCAGUCAUUUCGGCCUUUGCUGGGGAUAAAGACGUAACCCGUGAAGCAGCUACCAAUGGUGUUUUGCUCCAUCUAGAAAAAGAGGACAAGGUCUACCUAAAACUGGAGAAAGGUAACCUGGUUGGAGGUUGGCAGUACUCCACUUUUUCUGGUUUUCUGGUAUUCCCUCUGUGAAUUCUGUGACAAUCAUCCUUGGCGUGGACAAUAGACAGCCUUCCACCUUCUUUUAUCUGAAGAUCAUUUUUUUUUCUGUCAUCGAUGGAUUAAUGUCUUUUGGCUUCUCAUGGUUGAAUAUGGAUUAUUCUAAAAAAGUUUGUGGUCUUCUCACUGAACUAUGAUGAGAUUUCUAAGAAAAUAUUUUGUGUGUUUAAGUAUAUUUGGAUUAAAUAAGACAAUAAAUAUAUAAAUCUAAUGUUACCCAAUUAAAGCUGCCUGCAAGAUUUAUUCAUAAUUCAAUUAUGGGAAAUAUUUUGGCUACAAGGCAAUCAUGGAUUUAAAUGUUUUGAAAAGGACGUCUAUUUAGCACAUUGAUAUGCAGACUUCAUUCAACAGCUAGAUGCUCGAUGCUAAAUAGCUGUAAUUGAAAUUCUGGGUUGAUUAUACACAAUCUGAUAAAUCAGAAUUAUUAUUCAAUGGAGAUUCUAAACAGAAUGACUUCAAGUCUUGGUAUUAGUUGGCUGGAUUUGUUUUGUAUAAUUCAAGAGUAAAAAUGUUCUUUAUCCCACCUCAAUACAUUUUGUGGGAGUAUUUGAAAAGUCCUUUGCAAAUUGUGCUUUAACAGCAUGUUCCAACAGUUAAAAACAAUAGAUCUUCCCCGUCAAAAAAAAAAAUAAAAAAAAAUGCUUACAAUAUUUUAAAAGAGCUAUCUUGCAGAGCUCGGCAAAAUAGCUUAGCCCUGCAGAAAGGCUCAAUCUUAUUUCUUAUCUUUAAUUAGCAUGACUGAUACAAAGCACUUUAUUAGAAACCUAGAGAUGGUUUCCUGAGACCUAGUUUUUUUUUAUUAGCUUAAGAUGAGCAUUCUUUAUUUAUAAUUUAUCUGUUGCACAUAAGCUAUCAGUUGAUGCCUUAAAAAUUCUAAGUUCUAAGUUAUUUGUUAAAAUAUUUUCAGCCAAUAACUGUUGUUUGAACUUGGUGAGUAUAUUUCUAGAAUAGAGAAUCAUGCAUUUAUUAUUUUUUUCUCUGUGCCACUGUAAGAUAUUAAAGAUUAAUAUGUGAUUGUUGUUUUGACCUCUGAUGAUAUAUAGACGAUAUACUAUUUUGCGUUAUUUGAACUAUUUGUGGUUUACAAAACCUAAGAACGUGAGUCUUACAAAAGUCCUCUUACAAAAGGUAACAUGGGGAUGACACUUGUAAUCAGUUAAAUGCCAAAGCUCCGGAGGCUUUGAAAAUAAAUAAAUAAAACAUUAUGAAAUAAAGUAGAAAUUUGGACUGAGUUAUGAAAAUAAAUGCCACGCUGGAGCUACAAUUUGUAAAAGAUAAAGUUGUUCAGGAUGUACCCGUGCGUUAAGGUACUUAUGUAAAGAAACAUGGAACAGAUGAUUUUUAAGCCAUUGUUAACCAAAUAGAGAAACUUUGACCCGCCGUAAUAAAAAUGGAAAAAUCAGCAGGAAAAGAGGGAUUAGUCCAG